CCCUUCAUAGUAUUAGUAUCUUAUAUUUCAAUGUUAUUAAUGGACUGAUCAUGCUUUCCCUUCUUUGGUGUUGUUUAAAGGAAAUGCUACCUGCAUUUUAUACUAGCUGCUGUGAAUUGGUUAACAAAUGGGAAUCAAUGGUUGCAUCAAAAGGAUUUGGUGAAUUAGAUGUGUGGCUAGAACUCAAAAAUUUUACUGCAGAUGUCAUUUCUCGAGCAGGAUUCGGAAGCAACUAUGAAGAAGGGAUGAAGAUAUUUCAACUUCAAACAGAACAAGCUGAGCUUUUGAUUCAAGCUGCUAGUUCCCUUUAUAUCCCAGGUUCUAGGUUCAUACCUACACAAAGGAAUCGAAGAAUGAAAGAAAUAGAUCGGGAAGUGCAAGCACGGCUGCGGAGAAUCAUCAACAAGAGAAUGAUGGCUAGAGAAAUGGAAGAGGCCAGCAAAAAUGACUUAUUGGGCAUACUAUUGGAAUCUAACUCUAUAGAGACUAAAGAACUUGGCAAAUCUAAGAAUGCAGGAUUGAGUAUGGAGGAAGUGGUGGGAGAGUGCAAGCUAUUCUACUUUGCUGGACAAGAAACUACAGCGGUUUUGCUUACAUGGACAAUGAUUUUACUUAGUAUGCAUCAAGACUGGCAGUCACGAGCGAGGAAAGAAGUCUUGCAAGUCUUCGAGGAUAAUAAACCUACUUUCGAUGGAUUAAACAACCUAAAAAUUGUGACCAUGGUUCUAUAUGAGGUUCUUAGGUUAUACCCAGCAGCUCCUAUGCUUAAUAGGUUUACUUACAAGGAGAUGAAACUAGGAGAUAUAACUUUUCCUGAAGGAGUGUGGCUAACAUUACCAGAAAUUGUAGUUCAUCGCGAUCGUGAACUUUGGGGUGAAGAUGCUGAAGAGUUUAACCCAGAAAGAUUUUCAGGAGGAAUUUUGAAGGCAAGUAAGAAUCAAGUAAUUUCAUUCUUCCCAUUUGGUUGGGGUCCUCGGAUAUGUAUUGGGCAAAAUUUUUCUCUGAUUGAAGCAAAGAUGGCAAUGGCAAUGAUUCUAAAGCAUUUUUGGUUUGAGCUAUCCCCUUCAUAUGCCCAUGCUCCUUACACUGUUGUCACUCUUCAGCCCCAAUAUGGUGCUCCUAUCAUCUUACAUAAACUAUGACUCACAGAUAUAAUAUCAUCAU